CGAGCUGUGAAAGGCAGCAAUACGCAACAAAGCGUGUAAGUGUGCCGAAAAACCACACGAAGAAGAAGAAUCGAUAUCCCUGGAAACGGCUAACACUUCUUCAACCAUUCCGCCAGUAGCUAAUUUCCUUCCACUGUCAGGUGUUGAACCACACGCAUCAACUUUUGUAUUUGUUUAACUAUGUCUUUCGAACAUGCCUUUCGUUCUCGUGUUGCCUUCAUUAUGGAAACCUUGACAGCAACAGCCGUGCAAGACAUUUGUCAAUUUAUGGAAGAAACGUAUGCUGCUCUUCGAGUGGAAAUGUUGCAAGAACAAAACCGAAGUUCGAGGACAAAAUUGCAGGCGAUGGAGAAUAGCAAGGGGAAAGAAAAGCCUGCGAACAGUAUGGAGAGCGUUCAAGAAGACUGUUUCAGAAACUUCCCAGUCGUGGAGCAAAUCCUCAAUGAACAAGAGGCCAAUGGUCUUUGGCUAGAAGGUCACCUUACUGUGGAAGAUGCAGGUCCACCAUCACUGGUACCAGAGGAAGAACAGCCAUUGCAGAGUUUUGGUCAGAUGACAGACAAGGGAGUGGAGAUAUGUUCAGCACCGCUGGUCAUUAAACAGGAGGAAACGGAUGAUGUCAUGGAGUCUCAAGGUUACAGCGGGUGGAUGCCAGAGACUCACAAGGCCAACCAGAAUAUCAUAGGAAAAAGUGAUGAGGAAGAGCGAAGUCAAGCCUCUAGGGGAUCCAAAGAACUUGGACUCGACGACUUUAAGAAAGAACAGAGUCUGUUGCUGGUGUCAAUUGUGGAUGCUGCAGCACCUACAAAGAGGAAGAAAUAUAACAUCAGAUACACCUGUAAAAUAUGUGGAAAGACUGGGACCAAGAAAGGCAGAAUGACAAGUCACUUGAUAACACACAAAGGGACUUCUAGUUGUGAUAUUUGUGGUGAACAAAUUCAAGCAUCAGAAUGGCUUGACAAAGCACAAGCUACUCAAACACAGUGUGAAAACUUACAGUAGCUUAGUGUGCGGAAAAAUGUUUUUAUAUUCUAAAAUACGUGACUACCAUGAGCGCAUACACGUUGGAGAAGACUACUGGUGCGCGGACUGUGGCAAGACGUUCAAGGAGCGCCAGGAUCGCGACAUGCACGAGUGCAUUGUUUGCGAGGGAGACCGGCCCUACAGCUGCUCCGAGUGCAACAAGGACUUUGAAAGGCAGUACCAUCUCAAAAAACACCAGCUGGAAAAACACUCUCAAAUGGUGGAGCAGACUGUCGAACCUGAACCUGAGUCCAAGGACAUUGAGGACCAACAGAGUCAGUUUGAGUCUGAGAGUUCUGAGGCACCCAUAAGGAAUGAACCAAUACAAUACACUUGUGAAAUAUGUGGAACAACUUGGGCGACACAACAUAGCAUGCGCUCUCACAUGUUUAUACAUAGAAAAAACUAAGGAAACACUAUACCUGCGACGUCUGUGGCAAGGUAUUUAGGCUCAAAUCACCUUUCACCAAACAUCAGCUCAGACACAAGGGAGACCUGCCCUUCAGCUGCUCAGAGUGCAACAAGGACUUUAAAAGUCAGUACCAGCUUAAAAAACACCAGCUUGAAAAGCACCCUCUAAAGGUGGAGCAGCCGUGUUCUGAUCUUGUAUGGACAGCGACCUGAAGGCCGAUAUCGGUGCCUUUGGAUGGUAAGUUCAGGUCCCACAACCUGAGUUAAACAAUGAUCGUGGUGAUGUCUAACGUGUGCUCUGUCUGAGAAUGUCAGCUACUAUUUAUGCUCUUCACUGAACAUGACCCAAUUAAAAUGGCUGUAUCUGAAUGAACAUUUUUAAGUGUAAGAAUUUUUGGUUUUAAUGUCGUUUUUUUUUGCCCAUAAUUUUGGCUUUGGCAAAAUUUGAUUUUUCCUUUUGUUUGAAAAGCAUGAUUUAGGCUUCAUCAUUGUUAAAUAGCUUGUCGUAUUUGAAUAAAAACAUAUCCAGA